AUGAAGAUACUCGGUCGAGUAGGUUUAGUUCCGCUUGCUCUUCAUCGGCUCGUCUAUCGCGCAGUCGCUACCCCGACUUCCCAUGGCCCGCCCACAGUUUCUCCAAGGUUCCUCCAUGAUAGACGGUUCGACUACGUUGUUGUGGGUGGCGGUACGGCGGGGAUCGUCAUAGCGACUCGACUCGCACAAAGGUCGUACACCGUUGCACUGGUUGAAGCUGGUGGCUAUUAUGAAACUCAAUCACUGGCAGCGGUUCCCUUGGCGGAUAUAAUUCCGGUUGGAUCAGAUCCAAGCACGAAGAUUAGCAUAGACUGGGGGUUUGUGGCGGAAAACCAGCCGGGUGCGAACAAUCGUGCUAUCCACUAUGCGCGAGGGAAAUGUCUAGGUGGCUCACCAACAAGAGAGUCCAUGGAUCUAUGGGCCACGGCUGUAGGGGAUACCAGCUACAGUUUCGAGCGGGUUCUUCCUUAUCUUAAACGGAGUGUCCAUUUUACUCCUCCUAAUCGAGAGACCCGAUUUCUCAACGCAACACCGACCUUUGAUCCUGCCGCGUACGACCCCGAAGGUGGGCCAUUGCAGGUAUCGUACUCCAACUACGCUAUACCAUUCUCAUCCUGGAUGAGGCUUGCAAUGAACGAUAUUGGCAUCAAUGAUACGAAAGAGUUCAAUCUUGGAUCGUUAAUGGGGGCGCAAUAUUGCACCAACACUAUCCGGCCGCGGGACGAGACCAGGAGCAGUUCCGAGAGUUCUUUCUUGGGAAAGAAACCUCCACUCCUGACUAUAUACACAUACGCAUUGGCAAAGAAGGUAUUGUUCGACCCACAGAAGCGUGCUAUAGGGGUUCAGGUGGGGACCACCCUCGGGAUAUUCACACUGUUUGCCAACAAAGAGGUCAUCGUCUCUGCUGGUGCAUUCCAGUCUCCUCAGCUUCUUAUGGUAUCUGGUAUCGGCCCGGCACACACACUUGAACAACUUGGGAUACCUGUUGUGGCUGAUCGACCUGGUGUCGGUCAGGAUAUGUGGGAUCAUCCACUGUUCGCCCCUUCCUACCGCGUGCAAGUAACAACCGCAACUAGAAUUGUCACUAACUUCCUGUAUCUUCUCGGCCAAGUGGUCAAUGGUGUUAUUCUUCACGACGGUCCACUAACCAACCCUCUCACAGAUUAUCUAGGGUGGGAGAAAAUUCCCACUAAUCUACGGUCCCACUUCUCCAACCACACCCUAGCGGAUCUGGCUCACUUCCCUGCCGACUGGCCGGAGGCAGAGUACAUAUCUAUGGCAGGAUACGUUGGAAAUGUGUCCAACCCAAUUGCAGAUCAGCCCAGGGAUGGUUAUGACUACGCCUCAAUAGUCGGUGUUCUUGUCGCUCCAACAUCGCGAGGCAACAUCACGCUUCGCUCGGCAGACACCUCUGACCUUCCGAUAAUCAACCCAAACUGGCUGGCGACCCGGACUGACGAAGAAGUCGCCAUUGCGAUGUUCAAGCGAAUACGCCAAGCCUUCCAGAGCAGAUCCAUGGCGCCUGUGUUGAUCGGUGACGAGUACUAUCCUGGGGACCGCGUCCAGUCCGAUGCAGACAUUUUGCAAUACAUUAAGAACAACGUGAUGACGAUCUGGCAUGCAGCCUGCACCUGUAAAAUGGGGAUGUCAAAUGACUCCAUGGCGGUUGUAGAUUCUCAGGCAAGAGUUUUCGGGGUUGAAGGCUUGCGGGUUGUGGAUGCAAGCGCAUUCCCACUCCUUCCUCCAGGACACCCACAGUCGGUCGUGUACAUGUUGGCAGAAAAGAUCUCUGAUGUCAUGCUCUCCGACAAGGCAACACCCGGAUGCUAG